AUGCUAUUCAAACGGAUGACGGGCGAUACUCUCGCAUCAACAGUCAAGUUUCUGUCAACAAACCGCGCUUCACUGGUUGAUCGACGCAUGGCCUCCGUCUCUAACUGUCUCCAACAGAUGGUUAACGUCUCACGAGUCACUUGCAGCCCGCAUCUACAGCUUGGAAUAAACCAAGCUAGUCAUUCAACUCUAGCCAUUCAACCUCAACUUUCCACCUUCCAGUCUAUCAUUCAAUCUGACAGUCAUCCAUGUAUAUUUAUCUAA